AUGGCCACGCACGCGCGAGCACUCAGACACACCUUGUUCCGGAGCGACAGCCACCGUGAUGCGAAUGCCCGCAAUAGCCCGGGCAGACCCAAGCUCACGCCGGAGAUACUCAACUCGCUGUCCCUUACCGAGCGAGAGUGUCUUGAUGCCUUUCCCGGCCUCACCAAGUCGAUUGACGAUGUGGUCGCCGAGGGGCCCUUCAAACUCAAGAAUACGGGCGACCUUGGCCCUCUCCAGGGAAGGAUCAGAGAUGGAAAGAUCUACAUCAUCAACGCCCAGAGGCGCAAAGAUCUCUCCGCCGAAAUGCUAAACCCCCAAUCAUCGCCAGCAACUCAAGAUCAUCUGCAUCAAGCUGACGACCGUCGAUCGAAUGUCAAGUCCCGCACCGCCGCCCUCCACCAGCUCCACCGCGCCCUCCUCACCGCGCCGGAGCCCCUCCCGGACACCAUCUUCACCAUCAACUUCCAGGACCAGCCCUUCGGCACCGCCUGGGGCUACUCGACGCCCGCCGACCCGGCCCACCGCGGCGACCGGGCGCGCGACCCGGACAAGCGCCUCUUCCUCAUGCCGCACUUCUCCUUCUGGGCCUGGCCCUUACCCUUCGUCGGCUCCGUCGCCCGCGCCGCGCGCGCCAUAGCCGCCGUCGAGGACUCCCACCACGACCGCCACGAGGGGGGCUCCCUCGCGUCCAAGGACCCGCGCGCCGUCUGGCGCGGCACGAGCUGGUUCAACAGCGUGCACAGCCCGCGCCUGCGGCAGGACCUGCUGGCCGCGGCCAGGGAUAAGCCCUGGGCCGACGUGCAGCCGCUGAGGUGGGACGCCUCCCCCGCCUCCGCCGGCGGGAGCCACAACGCGAGCAACGCCAUCCCCAUCGAGGACUUCUGCCGGCACAGGUACGUCCUGCACACCGAGGGCGUGGCCUACAGCGGCCGCUUCCAGUUCCUGCAGAUGUGCCGCAGCGUGACCCUCACGCCGGCCAUCCACUGGCUGCAGCACACGACGCACCUCGUGCGGCCGGUCUUCGCCGCCGAGAUCCCCGGCCUGAUACGGGACCCGGCCGUCGCGGAGAAGGCGCGCGCGGCGCGGGAGCGCAGCCGCAGGGCGUGGCCGGCCGGGUACGACCCCGCGAGGGAGGCCAACAUCGUCUUCGUGGCGCCGGACUGGUCGGACCUCGAGGACGCGGUCGCGUGGCUCGAGGCGAACCCGCGCGUGGCCGAGGGCAUCGCGGCGAGGCAGCGCGAGACGUUCGUCGGGGGCGGGUACUUUAGCCCCGCGGCCGAGGCGUGCUACUGGCGGGCGCUGGUGCGCGGGUGGCACUCGGUCGCGCGGUGGGACGAGGCGGAGUGGGAGGGCAAGGAGGAGGUCACGUUUGAGGCGUUUGCGCUGACGCAGGAGAUGCCGUCGGACAGGGCGAGGUGA